AUGGAGGCGUCGACGAGGAGCGAGGCGUCGGACAUGUUUGUGUGCAUCGGCGAUGAGCUGGUGCUCAGAUUCGAGGAGACGACACGCAGUGGGGAGAGGAUACGGCGAGGCUUUGCCUACGGACUGCACGUCUCGGACGCAUCGGUGCAUGUCUCGGACAAGCCGUACUCACACGCUACCUUUUCGCCAAAGGCUCUGUUCAAAGUCUCGGUCAUGCAGCAGUACUCAGGUGGAAGUACAUCGCCGGCAGCCGGAGCAGAGCUGCAGACGCAGCGAUCGGGCUCGAGGGUGACCUACGGUCAGACCAUCCAGCUUCAGCACGUGGUCUCGCAUCGCAUGCUCACCGUGUGCGAGUCGGAGGCCGGCGUUCUCGAGCCGGACUGCCUCUCAGUCGCGCUCGACCCUGGAUCGGACGGCGCGUGGUGGACGCUCGUACCUCGAUACAAGCUCCGCCAGAAUGGCGGGCCUGUGCGAUAUGGCGAGGCCUUUGCGCUUGUCUCGACCAAGUGGAAUGUCUCGCUUCACGUAUCUCGCGCCCCGUUUGCGGAUAACUCGUUCGAGGUCACCGCUGGCUCCCAGGCCUCGCUCUGGCGGCCGCAUCUGUACUCGUCGUACGCAGCGCGUGAGGCGGCGGCGGCGGCCGGUGACUCGCCGCCGCUGCAGGGUGGAGCCAUGGUCCGUCUCUUUGCCAUCGAGGACGACGGCUACCUUGCAUACGAGUGGACACGAACCGACGAAGACGGGGCGGAUGUCGAGGCUGUUGUCCUCCACAUUCACUCGCGCGACCGCGAGGAAGAGUCCAAGCACACGCUCGCGUCGGCCAACUCGGUCUUUCUCGUCGAGCACGCCGACCGGACGUGCGGUGGGCCAGUCGUCACCUUUGUCGGCGACGCCACUCCCGAUCUGCUCUGCUCGCCCCGCGCUACAGGCUCCGCCACUGGCGAGUUGGCCCUGGCGCCGCCGGGCACCGGCCUCACGUCGCAGGACACGCUAUUUAUUCUCGACGUGGUCGACGCGGAUCGUACCACAGCUUUUUCGUCUGACGAUACCAUCACCACCACUGUCCUCCUCUCGCAUCACGUUCGGCUCAUUCACGCUGCCACUCGCCGGCUCGUUCUUGUGACCGACGACGACGCCUCGCACUCACUCCCCCACACUCUGCAUGCUGCCAUUGAGGCACAUCAUGAUCUGCCCCGCAAGACCCGGUUGGUCAUGGGCACACGCGCGCUCGACUCAGUUACGGAUCGAGUCGACAACGCUUUCUCGCUCUCACGGCCGACCCAUGCUGCUGAGCAUCUGCUUCACUACCUUGCCGGCGCCAGCGCCACGCUUCGCGCCUACCUGGAGCUCUGGUCCCUCCCGCUGCCACCAUCGCUCGCACAGCUAGGUCCUGUCCUGGCUGUUAUGCGCAAGCUCACCUCGAUGGCUGCGCUCGCCACCCAUCCGCACCCAGCGCGUGCAUUUCACGGCGAGCGCGUCCAGCGCUUUCUCCGCGAGUUUGGCAUCCUCGACCUCGUGGUUGCCACCCUCGUCACUCCCUUUGACAUGACAACGUCGGCGACAGCGCAAAAUGCUGCACGCAAGUUUCUCAAGCGGAUCAACAAGCGCCUCGCUGCUGUGGCACAGAUAAGCGAGUCGCUACGGACGCUAUCACCGCUGUCGUCGACGCCGCACCUUUGGCACCCGCUAUCGCGCCCAGCCCCGGAGACCACUUUGGACUGGAGUGAGGGGAGCGUGUCGUCGGUGACGACCACAGACUCGGCGUAUGUCACGGGAUCUGACGACGACAACUCGCCGCCUCCCGCGCCGCUUGCAACCCCACCAGCCAUAGACCCUCCGGCUCCAUGGCAUCUAAGCGACGUGGUCGAAGCCGCCAGCUCUCGUCCGCGCGGCCCGUGUCGGUUUGUACCUAGCGAUCUGGCACACCCACGACUUGCCCACCUUGGCGAGGCACUUGCGACCGGAUACGCGCUCCUGGCCACCGCCGUCCGGCUCAACCCGUUUGCGUCGCUCCGGCUCGCAGCACACACCCAGUUCUUUGUCACCCACAUUGGGCACGGCUUUGGCGCCGCCGGCCUCCUCAUCGCUAUGUACAAGGACAACAGACUGCUGCUGAAGCGCGUCGAGCCGCGGUUUGUCGAGUCUGUGGUUGCUUCACUUUCUGCUUCGCCGCACCUUCCGCUCCUCCGGCUCCUUGCCGUCCUCUGCACGCUCGACGGCAAGCCGCUUCCGCGCAACCAGUCGCUCAUUGCGACUGCUCUUCUUGACGCGGCGCCGCACCUGCUACCAGCCAUCCGUCUCGACUCUGCCACAGCGCCGUUUGUGCUGGUAGCCUCAGUCCAUGAGGGCGACACAGGUCGACAGGAGCCGGCAUCGUACUCGAUGGCUAUUGCCGAGCCAGAGACUGAGCCGAUUCCGGGCACCGCGCUCUUUGCACAGGCCUAUACCCGCGAGGCGCUAUUACUACUCGCAAGCAUGGCGUCCGGUCGCAACGACGCCAUUGCGGAUGCCACGGCAGCGGCGCUUCGCAUCCAGCCGCAGACAAUGGUCGAAAUGCUUCAGGCACCCGGAACCCAGCCGUCGAUCCGCGGCGCGCUCUUUGCGCUCGCUACCUCGCUCUGGAUCGAGCGUGAGAGCUGCCCGCUGACGAUCCGGCACCUGCAGCGUGUUCGCAUCUGGCCGCUGUUCUGUGAGCCGGAGCUGCAUGCGGCGCUGUCGCCAGUCCCGCCGCGCGAGGCGGCCAUUGAAGCCAACCCGCAUCUUGAGCGGCUGGCAAGGCUUGUCGACAGCGAGCUGCAGCGACUGGCGGAAGUCGAGCUCGCCCACUUUCCACUCUCACUGUUGCAACCUGUCCUUCGGGCGGUGACGCGGCUCAUUGAGCUCGGCAUGUACACGCCGUUCUCGCCCGCUUCGAUCGACGCGCUGCACCCAUUCCUCGGGCUCAUGCACCAGCUCUCACUCCGUGUUUCGCUCUUUGCCGACCGCCCAUCGAGCGCUGUCCUGCCCAGCAUUCUUGGCCACGCGCUCCGGCGGCAGCUCGAGGCCUGCAAGCUCAUGGUAGUGCAGGCCAUCGAGCAGCUGGAGGCGAUCCAGCUCAACGACUUGGCCACGUCGCUGCUGGAGCUAUUCUACACUCGCAUGCAGACUGUGCUCGACAAUGACGCUGCAUGCGCGGCUGUGGCGAGCAACGCAGGCGCUAGUCGGGAUCUGUCGCCAGCGCCGUCGCCAUUGCCCACGCUCCUCUCGCGUCAAAGCGUGAGCGACUUGCUGGCUACGUCGGCAACAUCGCUGAGCCAUGGACUUGCGGUUGCGCACCAGACGUCGCCGAUGACCACCGCACAGGUCCGGGCUGCCAUGCAUCUCAUUCGGGAGCAGUCGCUGAAAGCCACAGCGGUCCACGAGCUAGUGGAGGAGCUGCUGCCGCAAAAGUUGCGGCCACCGGGAUGGAAGCCGCACCUGCGGGCUUCGGCUGCGGUGGCGCCAUCAUCACUUGCGGCUGUCCUCAUUGACGACGAUCUUGCCGGCGGCCUGCUCCAGCUUGCGGCGCGGGCGUCAGGAGAGCCGCUGGUUGCCACCUUUGGCCUCAUAUGUGCCCAUUUUACCAAGGCCGAACAGCUGUUGGAGCUCCUUGCGUCGGUCAAGGUCCUUGUCAACCCACUGGCCAUUGCGCAGUAUCAGCGGCUCGCGGUAGGACUGGCAGCAUUGGAGACGGUCCCAGUCGUACUCCCUGAGGCGGUGGAUCGACUCGAAACCGAAGUCAUUCCCAUGCUCCGCGACGCACUCGCGUUCUGCGAGACUGGCCACCGCGACAUCCUGCUUGACCUCGGCUGCCACACUGCGCUGAUCACGUUUACACAGCGGGUGGGAGAGGCGUGGAUGGCGACAGCGAGCAGGAAGAGUGAGCACAACGGGGCGGUUCGCCAUGUGCUCCGGCUCAUCUUUCGGUUCCUCGAGGCGUUUGUGCGCCGGUCGCCGGACCACCAAGCUGCGGUGGUACCGUACGUGGACGCGCUUGUCACGGCUUCGCGAUGGGAGGUGGGUGCGACUCUCACGCUCGCGGCGCUGUAUUCGGGCAACUAUGGACUAUGUGCCCGCAUUCCCACACGGGUCCUCCAGCACGCGCUGGACCAAAUCAAAACCACCGGUCUGCACAGGCACUACCUGCGGUUCCUGGCGUGUGUGCUCUGCGCGAUGAACCACACCAUUACGCGGACGCAGAAUCGAGUUCUCGCGCUCCUGCAGCACCCGUCGAACGCCACCGUUCUUGUCCUCUUGCUUGAUGACAAUGCCUGGCCUGCCGCUCUUGAGGAACACGCUUCUCGGACAAGCCGCAAGUCAGGCGACAGACUGCUGUACCACCUCGAGCUGAUGCGACUCCUCGGCUCGUGCGCCAACACCAACCGGCUGGCCGAGGUCAAAUGCCAGAUGAUGAUCCCACUCGAGACUGUGGUCUCGCGGGUGCUGGCCGCGUAUGGAUCACUAGAGUUGCAAGCCCGCGUCCGCGGCGCCUACCUCCACUUUCUCCGUGAGGUUUACGUCGACAACGACAUGAGCCACGUGGCUCUGCGCUUUCCAAGCGAACUGACACGGGUGGUGGGCGAGGCUAUCGGGAUGCUGGACGCGCACGGGACCGCGUCGAGUUUGCUGACGCGGUUUUUUGAGGCCGACGGGGCACGGGCGCGCGACGUAGGCUCUGUCUCGUCGCAUGUCCACGUUCACACUCACGGACCGCACGCGCCAUCGGUGGUGGAAGACGUUGUCUCCCAGUUAGUGUUCCAGGACGUGCUCGCCUUUCUGCGCGUCGUCUUUCACGACUCGGAUCAGGCCCCGGUGCUGGUCUCGCACGCCGAGAGCGCACGAUUGGGCAACAGCGCAGCACUCGCGCUUGUCAAAUUGUUUAUCUUCUGGUUGGAAAAGGCUAAGGCAUUUUAUCCGGCGCUCCGGAGCGGCGAGCUGCCUGCGGGUAUGAUCCGCUCAGCCGUGACGGCGUCGCGGCCGCAUCUGACGCUGCUGGGGCGUGUGCACGCGGUGGCGUCGACACUCUUUGCCAUGCGGCAGCACUACGCGCAGGUCAUGCCACGGGGAGUGGCUGCGCAGGUUCUGGCGUGGACGGCGGCCGGGUCGACGCCAUCGCAUCACGGCGGCCCAAAGCCGAUGCGAGUGGCGGCUGACGUGAAGAUGAUGGGCAUGGUGAGCCCUCAGUCCGCGCGGGUACGCGGGCGCGACGGCGACUUUGAGGGUCUGCUCUCGUCGUCGUCAGCGGUCUCGUCGUCAUCAUCGUCGUCGUCGGCCUCAUCAUUUGACGCGCACUCGAUCCUCACCUUUUCGACCGACUCGGAGUCGAUCGAGCACUCGGAGGCGUCGCAGGGAAUGGAGCUUGAGGCGCUGAUGGGCGAUCUGGGCGGAGGCGGCGAUGCGCUCGCGCCGUGGAAGGCGAUCACCAAGAUGGUGGCACAUGGGUUGCGGCGGUUUGUGCGGAGCUACAAAGACGAGUACACUGGGUCGAGUCAAGGGUGGACCAAGCUGGUGUUUGAGAUGCGAGCGCGUGAGCGCGACGGAGCGCUGUCGAACCUCAUUUCGCACACGGAGCUGUUUGCGGAGGCCGGGAACAGUGUGCACGGGGUCCACUUUGCGCAGCUCUGUCUCGAUAUCCUCACAUGGGCUGCGCGCGAGGAUCGCGGGUCCGCCUCGACCAAAGUGGCAGACUCGCUGGUUGCCGGACUUGCACCGACGCUGGCGCUGACGAUGACAGUUGCGUCGGGCGGCGACGACCCUGCGCUGCGAUCGCCAACUGAGAGUCAUUUGCUGUCGCGAGAGCGGCUGCGAGCCGAGCAGGCGCGACUCGACUCGCUGGGGCUGACAAGCAAGGUGGUGCAGUUUGUGGUCUCGAGCCAAGGCUCGCUGGUCCUCCCCGGCCUCGCGGUACUUCACGCGCUGCUCGCCGGUGGAAACAUGGACGUGCAAGCGACGUUGUACGCGGCGGUGACUCGGCCGGCCAAUCUUCUCGGCCAUCUGGGGGCUACGUCGGUGCUCGAUCUUGAGGCUGAAGUUAAGUUCCAGCGCGGCCGUCGCGGGUCGUGCGAGUCGGACGGGCUCUCGGCGGCUUCGAUUGAUUUGCUCGACACCGGCGCUGACCUCGCCAACGAGCUGUACGCCGGGAGCGAGGCGAGGAGCGACGGAAGCGACGGUUGGAACGAGAGCGAGUCGGAUACGAUGAGCGUUGAAUCUGGGCUGGCGUCGGAGCAGGCGUUUCUCAAGCAGCGCAACGAGAUGCUCCAUGACAAGCAGUUGAUGUUUGAGCGGCUUGUGCGGCGCGGGAACACCCGCGCGCGCGAGGUGCACCCCCUCAAUGCGGUGUACCGGUUCCAAGUGCCACUGCUCCGGCGGCUAGAGCAGCUUCUGGUCAAGGCCGGGUUCGAGAUCGAGGACAAGGCUGCGCUUCUUGUGCAGAACCCGCGGCUGUUGCAGGCCGAGGUGCUGCAGCGGUUCAACUUUCGGCGUGGGCUGUCCUUGUUGGAGGAGCAACCGGGGCAAGGUGGGCGAGUCAUCAUGUCGCGCGACAAGCGGCAGGACGUGCAUGGCGAGGAGGGCCAUGUCUUUACGGUCCUGCUCCUUCUCCAGGCACUGUGUGAAAACCAUCACCACGAGUUCCAAGAGUACUUGCGAGAGCAGGUCGACGUGGUGCGGUCGUUCAACGUUGUUGCGGCACUCGCGCGGUAUGUCUCGCUGCUGGCUUCAUCAGUGAGCGCGGCGACAAUCCACGUGGCAACCCAAGCGUUUGCCACCCUUGCCGAGCUCUGCCAGGGGCCGAACCCAGCGAACCAGCGAGUGCUUGCCGACUCGUCGGUGAUCGAGGUAGUCAACUCGCUGCUGAGCUCCAAGCUGGACGGCUGCGCCAAGGCCGAUGUGUAUCGGUUGCGCAAGACAGCGCUGACGGCUGUGGCAGCGAUUGUGGAGGGAUCAUCGACAAGCCGGGCCAGGCGGUUUGAGCCUGGUUGCGACGAGCCUCCAGUUCACGGCGUCGUGCUCUCCAAGCUCAACGUCAAUGUACUGCAGCAGAUUCUGGAGGCAGCCGCCGGUGAGCAGGGAAAGCGCGACGGCGUGCGCGAGCGAGGUCGAACGGAGCGCGACGUGACGGGCGAGGCGGUGCCAUGGGAGGCGCGGCAGCAGGAGGCGCGCGCGGCAUUCCGCCGGGGCGGGAUUGGAGGUGGCGGGCGGUGCGAGGCGGAGAGCGAUACCUCGCAGAGUGUGACCAGCAGCGCAGCCGCAGCAGCGGCGGCGGCGGCGGCGGCGACGGCGGACGCGCAGUUUGAAGAGGCAGUAGCAUGCUACAUCCUCCUCCGCAGCCUCCACGACAAGGCACCUGACGCGCCAGAGCUACAGGCGCUGUUUGCGGAGCUUGAUGACGGCGUGGGAGCGUUCUUUGAGCGGCAGGUGUCAUCUGUGGAGAUCGCCCAUGGGGAUGCGGGCGUGGAGCGGAUGUACUUCAAGGUUCCUUCGGCGGCGCGGUUGCUGAACAAGCGGUCGCGGCGGCGGCUUGUGUGGGACGUGGCGCGCGACGACACGCGGCUGCGCGACUUUCUAGACCGCGCCGAGGACUUGCUCGACGAGAUGCACCAUCGGUCGCGGCUGGAGCCGUUUGUGUUCUGGCGGUAUGUGGGGCGGCACGAGCAGGCGCUGCGGAACACGUCGCUCCUCCUUGCCGUGGUGAUCAACGCGCUGCUGCUUGUUGGGCUCCAGUCGAGAUCGCGCGACAAUACGUGGCGAAGCGAGUCUAUCCGAAUCUGCGUCACGAUGUUUGGCGGGGUGCAGACGGCUACGUCUGGGCUCGUGGUUCUCAUCUAUCUUGUCUCCCAAGCGCCGCUUGUGCUGCGACGAUAUUGGCGGUCGCGGGCGAUGCCUGCGUCUGCGGCGGUGAAGGGUGUGCGUUCUGCGGUGUAUCUGUGUCGGCAGCCGUUCUUUUGCUUCCACUUGCUGUAUGUGGCGUUUGCGGUGUUUGGCAACGUGAUCCAUCCUGCGUUCUUCUCGUACCACUUGUUGGACAUUGUGACGCGGAGCGAGACGCUGCGGUCUGUGACGCUGGCAAUCAUGGUGAACGCCAAAGCGAUCGGACUGACUGUGGUGCUCGGCCUUGUGUGGAUGUACAUGUACGCGCUUGCCGGCUUUGUGCUCUUCCGUAGCGACUUUGACAUUGCCGGGAGCUCGUACUGCACCUCGCUGCUUGAGUGCAUUGUGACGGUGACGAAUCUCGGGCUUCGUUCGUCGGGAGGCAUCGGCGACCAGAUGGUGCUGCAUCCGUACACGCCGGACCGCAUGCACUCGUAUGGGCGAGUGGCGUAUGAUCUCUCGUACUACUUUGUGUUUGUGGUCCUCUUCCUCAACCUCCUCCUCGCCAUCAUUGUGGACACGUUUGCAGCGCUGCGGACGCGGAAGCAUGCAGUGGAGCACGACAUCCAGAACAAGUGCUUUGUGUGCGGACUCUCGCGCGACGACCUGACGCGCGAUGGGCCCGGAUUUGUGUACCAUGUCAAGCGCGAGCACUCGAUGUGGGCGUACGUGGCGCUGUUUGAGCACUUGCGCGGCAAGGACUUUCUGGAACUGACCGGACGUGAAGGGUACGUUCUGGCCAAGCUCGAGCGGCGAGACCCUUCGUUCUUUCCUCACACGGCGCUGUCGCUGGAACGGUAAAGCAGGGCGCAGU